UGUUUAUUAGAAAGGAAAAUAUAUUGAAAAUAUUUGAAAUUCUUUGUUUGCGUAUGUAUAGGAACGUAUAUAACAGACCCAAAUUGUGGCGCGGAAGAUGAGUGAGAAGAAAGAAGAAUCAAAUAUGGUGGCAAUUUCGCUUUACAGAGGAAACCUUCACCGAGUAGCGGAAGCGCCUCGUCGAUGGCCAAUGCCAGGCCCCAGAAUCACUCUCAAAGACUUCAAAUCCCUCCUCGCUCGUCGUUCCAAGGCACUCUCUCGCCUUCACGCUUCAAACCCUAACCCUAACCCUAACCCUAACCCUCUCUCCAACGGCUCCCACCCCGCCAAUCCCGGCGAAGGCCCUUCCACCGCCUCCCAAGAGCACGAGGAUCGCAAAGAAGUGCCGCUCGUCGCCGUCGCUUCCGCCAAGACACCGCUCGCCGAACCUGAUUCGCUCAAGAGCGAAGAGCCUUCCGAGAAGGAGAAACCGUCCGUCGGUGUUGCUGCUUCCACGGAGAAACCGAAUGAGCCGGUCGUUGACAAUGUAGAUCUGCUUGACGAAGAGGAGAAGAGGAAAAAGGAAAUUGAGGAUAAGUUGCAAGGGUUGAAUGAUAAUAAGCAUAAUCUGGUGCUGGUGUUGAAGCAGAUAUUGAAUGCCGAGGAGGAGUUAAAGAGACGAAGUAGUAUGCAAGUGGUUGUGAUGCGUGCUCCUUCAGUUCCACUUCAAGGGGAUGCAACAAAUGAUACUGGUUCCAUGACCAGGCACAUGGUCCCAAGGUUGGGAUCAGAGGGAAAUCUUGUUGGUGAUGUUGAUGGUGGUGAAGGGGAUGAGUUUGCUAAUAACAAUACUAUGCAUUCUCGCCAUAUGCUUCGGCCAAGUAGCAUGUCACCUUCUUCAGAGUCCCCUCUUCGGAGGACCCCCAGCAUUCAACAGAAUGUGAUUUCACAUCCUUCUCGAGCAAAUUUGGGAGCUGCAGGUAGUCCAUCACGCUUUGCUCUCUCAGGUCAUCAGGGAAAUCCCAUGAACCUGCCUUCAGUAUCUGUGUCGGGAACUAGUUACAUUGCAUCAUCCCCUUCCCCAGCAGCAUCUGGUGGCACUUCUGUUUUCCGAGAUGCUCGGCAGCCAAGUCCAUGGAAGUAGAAGCUUUCUUUUUUGCUUUGACAAUAUUGGUGAUCUGUUAUCAUUCUCAAUUUCUAAACUCUGGUUUGGUUGUAUAUAAUUUUCUGAAUGAGCAAUGCUAGGAAGUCGUCUGUCUGUGUAUGGAGAAAUCUAUUAAUUUGUUGCGUCUUACACUUGAGGGAAAAAUCUUGAAGGGGCUGUCUAUCAUGAGCUAUAGCGCCAGAUUCUCUAUCUUGUUGUUUUCUUGAGCAGGAUUUCCAGUUAUAAUGUACUUACCCUUUAAAAACAUUGAAACGUGAAUUUUUGACUUGUCAGCAGGUUUAAGCUAUUAGAAACAUUGCUGAAAUAUCCAGAGUUGUACCUUUAUAUACGUCUUCAUUCAGACAUUGUUCUUAGCAUCUGAGCACGUGUGUUCUCUUAUAUCUUUUGGACCUCUGUCAACAAAUGAUUGGGAUUAGUUAUAUUGGAUCUGUCAAGCCCGUUUAUGAUUUC